CAAACUGAUUUUACAAAUUCCCACCAUACCCUUAUUUCUUAGCCUUAUGAACAAGUUUUGCAGCUAUAAAUGUAUCCUUUUCUGGCUUCAACAGCAGCAUUCACUUGAGCCAGAGCUUCGUUGCAAAAGGAAAUAAACUAAUAGCAUCUUCAGCUUUCAUACUAAGAAAGAUAAGAACUGAUAAGGUGAUUAUGAGAGGUAUAUCCGUUACAAUGGAGGAUAAAAGCGAGUUGAAAGAAGAGAAGAAAAGGUGGAAAACAUGGAUAGAAAAAAUGGGGAAUUGGCUGGGAAUUAACGUGAACAAGGAUGAAUGGCUGAAGGACAUGAGAGGGAAUCUGAGUUUGGCUGCAACCAUAAUCACCACCAUGACAUUUCAAACUGCUAUUAAUCCACCAGGUGGUGUUAGACCAGCGAAAGAGACUGGACAUGUCGAAUGUAGAAGAUCUGAAGAUCGUAAUCCAUGCCAAGGUGAAGCAGUUCUAGCUGUAGUUUUCCCAGAGGAUUAUACCAGAUUCCUUUUGUCGAACACUAUAUGCUUCGUUUCAUCCUUAGCUGUGUGCCUUUUGCUAGUGAGUGGCUUCCCUCUGAAUCAUAGAUUUUUCACCUGGCUUCUGUCAAUAGGCACCUGCAUCACCAUGACCAGCCUCACAGUGACCUACAUGAUUGGUGCAGAAAUGGUCACCCCUUAUCCCCUCUGGUACACCACCGACACCAUGUUUAAUAAAGUCAUUUAUAUUUGGUUUUCACUUCUAGGACUCGUCACACUUGUCCUUUGUCUGCGGCUAUUUGUUUGGAUUUUCACUAAAUGCAUUGAGAAACGUAAACCAUGAACUUCUGCUCAUUCACUCUCCUUCACUGUACGUUGCAUGCAUAUGUUAUUGUUAUGCAUAUCCCUAUGUAAAUCAGUAGUUUGCGUAUGAAUCUUUAAACUAUGUAUCAAUGUUUCUCUA